CUAAAUGCUGAGGCUACUGACCUUCCCAUCUCAGCCCGUCCCAAUGCCUCAGAUUCUCGCCGUUUUCGGCGCUACCGGUGUCCAAGGCAGCUCCGUCAUUGACCAUGUCCUCAAUGAUGCUGAUCUCUCACAGCAAUACAGAGUUCGUGCCAUCACACGCGACCCAGACUCGGAAAGAGCGAAUCAGCUCAAGGCCAGAGGCGUUGAGAUUAUGCAAGGGAAUGUCUCUGACCGGGAGUCCAUGAGAAAUGCCCUGGCUGGUGCCCACACUGUCUUUCUUAUGACGACCCCUGGUUUUGGUCCCAAUGCUAUCGAUAUUGAAUUCAACGCUGCCAAAAACGUCGCCGACAUGUCAGCCGAAACGGGCGUGCAGUUCAUCAUCUUCAGCACGCUGCCAUCUGUGGCCGAGAUCUCGCACGGCAAAUACACAAAACUCACCAUGUUCGACGCGAAGGCCAAAGCCGAAAGCUACAUCCGCAAGCUUCCUAUCAACAGCGCAUUUUACUCGCCUGGCUCAUUCAUGGAAAAUUGGAUUACGUUUGCCGCCCCGAAAAGGGAGUCCGAGGGAAGCAGUACCUUCAUCAUGGCGCAGCAUACUUCUCCCAACACCACGAUCCCGCUUAUUGACGCGGCCGAGGAUACCGGCAAGUUCAUUGUCUCCAUCCUCUCAAACCCGGAAAAGUAUAGGGGAAAAACACUCAGCGGAGCGGAGAGGCUGUAUAGCCUUGACGACAUCGCGGGUGCAAUAGGCAAGGCGUCAAACAAGGACGUCAUUUACAAACAGAUAUCGGUCGAUGAAUUCCUGCAGAGCGGGCAAUUUGGGGCCGAGACGAUCGUGGAGCUAUUAAGCUACUUUGAAGAAUUUGGGUACUAUGGCGACGAUACGCAGGGCCUAGUGGCGUCGGCAGCCGACAACACGAGGGGCAAGUUGACGACGCUUGACGAGUUUCUGGAAAAGCGUUCUCCUAGACUGCGCUGAUAUACGGGUACGGUCAUGGAGGAUGCCGAAGUACUCUAUGGUGCGAUCCUCCUUCACGGGAGAGUCGCAUUUCAUCAGCAUGGGCCGGUUCAAUAAGAACCCCAUACCGAUGGACGUGGACCUUAGAGGUCGGGUCGGCGUGUUGGUACACUACAGCCAGGUCUUGGCGAUCAACGGCGCAUUCCAUUCAUGGGACAUCAGAGGGGGCUGGAUCACGGAGAUACAGAAAGACCUCAAUCUGUAGACAUCAAGUGGGUUAACAACAAGAACGGAACCAAGCCGCCGGAGGAGUCGGCAGAUAGAUCAGAGCUGCAUUGCGGCGGGGAUUCAUCUUUGUAUGCGUGGGACUUAUACAAAAGCAAACAGACGCAUACAACGCCAAAUUAGCA